AUGUACACUGUAGCAGUGACCGGUGGUGCUGGUCUCGUUGGUCGCUACGUUGUUCAACGACUUUUGGAGAAUGAGCAAAUCGCUGAAGUUCGAGUUAUUGAUAGACAAAGUACUUCGAGAGAAGAGAGUCGCAAAUUGAAGCUCUACUUGAUGGAUCUGAAUGAUAGGAAACCAUUGGAGAAUGCAUUGUUGGGAUGUGAUGGAGUUAUUCAUUGUGCUCAUGCACCAUUUCCAAUUCUAUAUUCAAAAAAUAAGGCAGAAAUCGAUCAAAUGUGGAGGGAUAAUCUGGAUGCUUGUGAAUCAGUGGUAGAUACAAUGAUUUCUAUGAAUAUUAGAAAUCUGGUUAACAUUGGAUGUGCGUACAGUCCGAUUCCAAAUGAAGAUAACUAUGGACUGGCUCAAGACGUAUUUCUUGAUUAUCCGAGAAACUACAUGUUGGAUAAGUACGGAGAAUCGCGUACUCGAGGUGAAAUGUACGCUAGAAAGGCUGCAAAACGAGGAUCUCUGAAUGCACUUUUCUUGAGACCAACUUUUGUAUACGGUCAAGGAAAGAGUCGAAAAAUCGAGGCGAUCAAAGAGCUGGUACAAAACGCAGCACUCCCAUUUGUGACAGGAGAGAGAAGAGGAAUGCAUCAAUUUAUUUAUGCUGGAAACUUGGCAGCUAUUGCAGAAAAGUCAUUCUUUUGCCUUCUUCAAGAUCAGAAAAAAUUCAAUGGAGAAAUUGUUUUUUGUAUGGAUGAGAACUGUGCACAUUCUAUUAGAGAUUUUUUCGAAAAUCGUUUCCUGAACCCUAACUACUCAAACGAUGUAGCUGUGAACUAUUGGCCAUCAUUUGUGUCGUCUUAUACCACAUACUGGAAGAAUCAACUUGGAUUGCCAGUAUGUUGUGUAUCGCAUACUUGCAACGGGCCGGGCCGGGUUCCUGACAAGUCUCUGAAUCAUGUUUCGUUCCGUCUAUUCUUUGAAAAAACCGUCGGUUUUCCUAAUAAAAAAUUACGUCUGCUUUUGGAUUCAAAACCUGAAAUUUCCCAAGAAGAAGCUUUAGCAAAUUACGCCAACCCCAAGUCAUCAUUCACUACGGACUCAACGAAGAGAUCAGCUGUUAAGGGAUGA